AUGUCCUUGCAAACUCGCGGCCCUUACAAUAAUGGCGAUGGAGAUGUUCUGAACAGUAUAUCUCUAAACACCAAGAGACUCAACGGAGAGAAUUUCAAGCACGGCGAGUUGGCCAAUGCCGCAAAUAAGGGACAGGCCAAUGCUGCUGUCAGUAUGCGAAAAAAAAGCGGGGAAGAAAACAAAUGUGGAUCAAGCAAUUCGUCACAGCACUCUGAAGACGCCCCAUCUGAAACACCUUUUCAAUUGAAUGCAUCCAAGGAUCCAUGCGUGACAAGCUUCAAACUAAGCUCCCUGUUUAUUGGUGAUCUAAAUUCUCGGGUCAAUGAAAAGAUGCUAACCAAGGUGUUCAGUAAGUAUUCGUCGCUCCAGUCAGUCAAGAUUUGUGUCGAUGCCGAGACCAAGAAAUCGCUGGGCUACGGUUACUUGAAUUUCACUGCUAGCGAAGACGCUCAAAAGGCAAUAGAAGAGUUUAGCUAUGUCAAGUUGUUCGACAAGGAAGUGCGAAUUAUGCCAUCUAUGAGAAACAGCUAUUUCAGAAAGAACAUUGGCACGAAUGUUUUUUUUGCUAAUCUCCCACUAGAAGAUCCAAGGUUGACGACAAGAGCAUUUUACGAGACCUUCAAUCGCUAUGGAAGGGUGCUUUCCUGCAAAUUGGAAAGACGAAAAAACAUCGGGUUCGCGUAUUUUGAAAGUGACGCAAUAGCGAAAAAAGUUAUCGAGGCAUUCAAUGGAACUGAAUUUUACGGUACUAAGAUUUCCUGUGGCUUGCAUUUUGACAAAGAGAUCAGAAAAUCACCGGAAUUUGAGAAGAGGAAGGCAAAACUUGAAGGAAUUACAAAAGAGAGCCUCGUGACGGAAGAUCAAACCGAAGUCGAAUUUAACAAUUGUUCCAGAGGACCCCAUCCUAACUCGAUUCAUGUUAAAAAUCUUCCUUUGAAUGCAGAUAAAGAAGCUCUUCUCGACUAUUUUAGCCAACUUGGCCCUGUAAAAUCUAUAUUUACGGCUAGUUCAAGAUCAUACAAAGAAUCUUGCUGGGGCUUUGUGACAUAUAAAAAGGGAAGUGACAUGCAGAGAGCACUUCACGAACUCAAUGGAAAAUACAUGGGGGAAAGAAAGUUAACUCUUACCAAGGGCCAACAAAUGGCAUUCGGGGGCGCGAGAGACCUACCUAGCGAUAACGAUGCCGUAACUUCUAGCAAGACAGCCGCAAUUGAUUCAUUGCUGUCAAAUGGAUAUCGCAAGACUAUAUAUCUUAGUAAUUUGAGCUCUGUCUGCAAUGAGCAGUUUUUGACAGAACUAUGCUUGAAAGAAAAGAUUGCUUGCAAAAAGAUAGCCAUCGAGGAUUAUGAUCAUAAUAACCUUACCUUCCUUGGCCAUGUUUUAUGCAAUUCCCGUCCUGACGCCAAUAGAUUAUUUGAAUACCUCAACAAUAAACUAGUUGGGGAUAGUGUUGUUAAAGCCUCCUGGACCGCCCCCAUGAAAAAUAGCGAGCCAAAGAAUCUAAAUGACAGUUCCCCGAAGGACACCGAGUACUUUGAAAACAAAACCCUCAUCGCGAAGGGCCAGAUAAGCUUCAUUGCAGAUCAUGCUCGCCCUUCUUUGUGCGCAACAAGCGCACGCAUAAUUCGGGGAUCAAACAGUCUAGCAAAAAAUCAGCUCCUGGACGUUUUGAGAAACGAGAUUAAAAAGUCAAUGGAUUUCAUCUCAAGUCCUAAUGCCUCUAAAAAUGAGAACUUGAAAUGUAUAUCAGAAUACAUUUUUGACGUAUAUUGGCGUUCCAACGUGGAGUGCUUAUCGAAAUUCUUACUACUAAUCAGCACGCGAUCACAGCACGGGAGAAUAUUGCAAACUCAGGUUCAAGAAGCUAUCAAUUUUCUCGGAUUCGAGCGGUAG